AGGAGAAGAAGAAGGAGAAGGAGUGACAGAGUUAUAAAGAAAGAGAAAGAAAGAGAGAGAGAGAGAGAGAGAGAGAGAAAAGAGUGUCGUGCAAUUGAAGAGAAUCGUGUUGAAAUUCGCGUCCUUGUGCGAUGAUUCCGGUAUCGUUGAUUCCAAUGAUCGAGUUUGAAAGAGUUGAACCUUACGAGGACUUCUUCCUGGAGUCUUUCGAAGUGGAGAACAUGUCGUCGUUGAUGAACGUCAAGUCCGACGGUGGUGAGACAGUGCGAUCGGUCGUGAAGAGAAUAUUUAACAAGAGUGAUUACGAACUGAAGAUUGUCCUCGAGAACGACGGUACCGGUGUAGGAGGAGUAGUAGCAGCUGCAACAGCAGGAGGUGGAGGAGGAGGUGGAGCUGCUGGAGGUGGUGCGCGCACCGACGUAGACAACGACGGACUGAACAAUUGGUGGGCGAUGCUAGCAUUGGUUCUGGUCGUGGGCACGGCAGCAGGAAAUAUUUUGGUCUGCCUUGCCAUAGCCUGGGAGAAGAAACUUCAAAACGUUACAAAUUAUUUUCUGAUGAGUCUUGCCAUAACCGAUCUCAUGGUCGCCAUCUUGGUAAUGCCUCUGGGCAUUCUCACUCUCGUUCGAGGAUACUUUCCACUGCCGCCGGUCUACUGUCUCGCUUGGAUUUGUCUGGACGUUCUAUUUUGUACGGCAAGCAUAAUGCAUCUCUGCACUAUAAGCGUCGACCGAUAUCUGAGCCUACGUUAUCCGAUGAAAUUUGGUCGGAAUAAAACGAGACGAAGAGUCACCCUGAAAAUAAUAUUUGUCUGGCUACUGAGCAUCGCCAUGAGCUUACCUCUCAGUUUAAUGUAUUCUAAGGAUCACAAUUCCGUAUUGGUCAACCGUACGUGCCAAAUACCAGAUCCUUUGUAUAAGCUGAUUGGUAGCAUAAUCUGCUUCUACAUACCGUUAGGUGUUAUGCUACUAACAUAUGCAUUGACGGUGAGACUGUUGGCAGAACAGAGACAGAAUAUCGGUGGAACUACCGGUUGGUCAUCAGGAUGGUUAGGUGGUCCACAAGGUACAACCACGGGAGGUCUUGAGAGGCGUGGCACGUGGAAGAGAUUUCUAUUGAAUAAGGGCUCAGCCGGAAGUGGUGGUACUCCUCAGCAUACCUCUGGUACCUCUACCGAUACGGAAUUAACAACCCUCGACACCCACGAAUUAUGGCUUCCUGAAAGUGAACCACCACCUUCGACGAUGUCUGCUCUUCACGCUUUCGGUGCGGAAAUGUUAAAAUUGUCCAAAGGAUUGGAAGGUAUAGCAAGUCCGUUAACGCAAACUCCAAUUAGGACAGGCAGAUCAUCAACAUCUUCGGGUGCCCAUUCUUCUGGUCUUCAACAACAUCAACACCAUCAACAUCAACUUCAUCAUCAUCAACAACAGCAACAACAACAACAACAACAACAACAGCAACAUCAUCAUCAUCAGCAACAACAUCAUCGGCAACAUCGGUGCAGCUUUCGAAACGGCAGCGGCGAUAGCGGAGGAAGCAGUGCGUCGGGUUCAAGGACGAGUCUGUCGAUUGGUCAGGACGAUAUGAGUUCACCGAUAGCUCCGAAACAACGACGUAGAGCAUCGACGUACAACGAGAGACAUCUCGAAAGAACAGAUUCUAUAACACCGAAGAUGUCCCGUAAGAGAUCAUUCAGUUUUCACGAACAAAUGGCAUUCAGGCGAUCCUCUUCAUCGAGAAAAAGUUCGGCCAAUAUCGAGGAUACCACAAAAUCAAGAAAAUCCUCGGAAAAAUCUGACAAUGAAAGUACGACGAUGAUAGCAUUGCCACCUCCCUGCACCUGUCCGUAUUUCGGUGAAUCCUCAAAGAAACAAAUACCCCAGCAACCUAGCGAGAUCGUCAUUGUUUCGAGCGAAACGAUGAAGCCUAUUACUGAGAGAACACUUGAAAUGAAUCUACUUGGUAGAAAGAACAGCGGAAGAAGCAACGAACUCGUAGGAACGAAUUCGAUCGUAACUUGGAGAGGAGGAAGACGUGGUUCUAGUUUAGGUAGUACGAGGACUCAAUUGGCGAGUACGAGGACGACACCAUUACGACGUGCGGCGACAUUGCGCGCGCACAAUGGCGCGGCAACCAGUACGUCUUCGAAUCAAAGUAGUAAUCCAUCGUCCUCAUGUUCCAUAAGACAUGGUGGUGGUGGUGGUGGUGGUGGUGGUGGUGGUGGUGGUGGUGUUAGUGGUGGUAGUGGUGCCGGUAUUAGUGGUGUACGUGCUCAUCAUUCGAGAACGAGUAGCGUUGUUUCAAGGAAUAGCUCGAGACACGGUAGGAUCAUAAGACUCGAGCAAAAAGCUACUAAAGUACUCGGUGUUGUUUUCUUCACCUUUGUCAUUCUUUGGGCGCCAUUUUUCGUUUUAAAUCUUGUCCCGGCUGUAUGUCCAGAUUGCGAGAAACAAAUUGAUCGUCAUAUCUUCGAUUUGGUUACGUGGCUCGGUUAUGCCAG